AUGUCCGAGGCCAGCGGCAGCCCAUGGGCAGAGGAUGCGGGGCCAUGUGUCGAGAUCCACUCACGCACCCCAAGCCGGGGCAGCCAGCGCGUCGAGUGCAUCAUCUGCUACUCUUCCUAUGACCUGGGUGUGCGGCUGCCGCGCCGGCUCUACUGCGGCCAUACCUUCUGCCAGGCCUGCCUCAAGCGCCUGGACGCUGUGGCCAAUGAGCAGCGCUGGAUCCCCUGCCCGCAGUGCCGCCAAAACACACCCACACCGCGCGGCGGCGUUGCCAUGCUCGACCUCGACCUCGCCACCUUCCUCGCCGUCAAGGCCGACAAGGAGCAUCCCCAGGUGCCCAGCAGGUCCCAUCCCGACCCAGCCACCAAGGGCUCGUGCAAGGAGAAGGUGGUGACCCAGCAGCCAGUGGGGCUGUGCCAAGAUGCGGUGCCGCCAGCGCUGUUCCCCCGGCAGGGCUGCUGCCGGCCGUGCCCAUGCUGUGGAGUGAUGGCAGCCUUUGAGAGCUGA